CAGCUAAAGGGGCUCCGUGAUAAGAGACUAGAGCGAAGCACCUUAUAAUCAGCUCAGCUUUAGAGGUGCAGGCCUUUUGUUUGGGCUUCUUGCCACAGCAGAAGAACACCACGGCCAUGGCCUCCCUCUCCAGACUAGAUCUUCGGGAAUGCCUCCAAACCCUGUCUGUCUUGCAGUGGCUCCCAGUCUACGUAUUUUUAGGAAUGAUUCCUGUUUUUCUUAUACCCUACUUUCUGGUGUUCACUAAAUUCUGGAUCUUGUCUGUGCUUGCCUUAGCCUGGCUCGCCUAUGAUUGGAAUACCCACAAUCAAGGUGGUAGGCGUUCAGCUUGGGUACGAAAUUGGACCCUCUGGAAGUAUUUUCAAAAUUAUUUCCCAAUAAAGCUGGUGAAGACUCAUGACCUCUCUCCCAAACACAACUAUAUCAUUGCCAAUCACCCCCAUGGCAUUGUCUCUUAUGGUGUGUUCAUCAACUUUGCUACUGAGGCCACUAGCUUUGCUCGGAUUUUCCCAGCCAUCACUCCUUCCGUAGGGACCUUGGAAUGGAUCUUCUGGCUCCCAAUUGUGCGAGACUAUGUGAUGUCAAUGGGUGUGUGCCCAGUGAGUGGCUUGGCCUUGAAGUAUUUGCUGACCCAGAAAAGCACAGGAAAUGCUGUGGUUAUUGUGGUGGGUGGAGCUGCUGAAGCCCUCUUGUGCCGACCAGGAGCCUCUACCAUCUACCUUAAAGAACAUAAAGGUUUCGUGAAGUUGGCACUGAAGACAGGAGCAUACCUUGUCCCUUCCUAUUCCUUUGGAGAGAAUGAGGUUCACAAUCAAGAGACAUUCCCUGAGGGCACGUGGAUAAGGUUCUUCCAAAAAACCUUCCAGGCCACAUUCAAAAAAAUCCUGGGACUAAAUUUUUGUAUCUUCCAUGGCCGAGGCCUCACUCGAGAAUCCUGGGGCUUCCUUCCUUUCAAUCGGCCCAUUACCACUGUUGUCGGGGAGCCCCUGCCAAUCCCCAAGAUUAAGAGGCCAGACAAGAUGACGGUGGACAAGUACCAUGCACUCUACAUUGAUGCCUUGCGCAAGCUGUUUGACCAGCACAAAGUUCAGUAUGGCCUUCCUGAGAGCCAGGAGCUGGCAAUCAUAUAACAGGAACUAGGUCUCCCUCAUUACUAAACUCCUAGAGCAUUGAGGGAUCCAGGUAGGGCCAGCCAGAAGGGAGAAUUUGGGGAGAGAGGAGGAUCUCAGGCAUUAGAGAGGCCAACCAAGCCAGAAAGUACUUAAUGAAUCUGGCUUGGCGGAAGGAACCAAGGGGCAGAGGAAGAGUAGGGAACAACCCACUUUAGAAAGCAGAGUCUUGUGAAUCCACAGACCUUGUGUGCCCCCUGACUCCAGCCGGCUCUCUGAUCAAAGCAAUGAGGAGCCAAAGAACACCACUGCUCCUUCCUCCCAAGCCUUAGUGACACCAUCACGAUGUAGCUUUAGGCUUAGAAGCCUUGUUGAGAACAGGAAUGGUUUGUUUCCUCCUCCUCCUUACAAUUUGGGAAAUACAACAAGGUAAACCAGGGACCUGACCUGUAGUUCCUGAUCCAAGCAGAAAGGAUUCCCUCACUUGUGACCCAGUUCUACAUGGGCAAAAACUUUUGCAUGCAGUUAUGCUGUCUCUUCCAUAAAAGUAAAGGUCUACUCCUGAAACCAAGAUCACACUGUGAACUAACUAGAAAUUAAGUUAAAAUUUGAAAAAAAAAGAAUAAAGUUCUCGAUAUGUAAAACAGGC